AUAACACAAAAGAAGGAAAACGCGAUCCGAAGUGAGUCGAUAAUGAGCAACUCGACCACCAACAAUGGCGGCCGCGUCGAGGCGGCCCAAGACGCCGUGGUAAAAGUUCUGGUGCUGGGGGAUGCGGCAACAGGAAAGACGAGCAUCAUCAAGCGGUAUGUGCACAAUGUCUUCUCGGAGCACCACAAGACGACGAUUGGCGUCGAUUUCGCGCUCAAGCCGGUGACGGUGCAGAACACAACGCUGCGUCUCCAGUUGUGGGACAUUGCCGGCCAAGAGCAUUUUCGAGCGCUCAAUCGCGUGUACUACAAGGACGCCCUUGGGGCUCUUGUCGUGUACGACUUGUCACGUCAGGACACGUUCGAAAGCGUGUUGAAGUGGAAGAAAGAAAUCGAUACCAAAGUCGAGUUGCCCAACCGCAAGCCGUUGCCCGUGGUCCUCUGCGGCAACAAAGCUGACCUGGCAGGCGAGGUCGACCACGAGUUCAUGAACGACUUUUGCGAAACGAACGGAUUUGCCGGAUGGUUUGCCACGUCGGCGAAGGACAACAAGAAUAUCGACGAGGCCAACAAGGCACUCGUGGCAGCCGUGCUGCAGCACCGCGAUAUCUUUGAAAAGAAAGUCGACCCGCGGAAAGACGUGUUCCGCGCCACGGCGGCGGAUAGCGCGUCCAAGCAGGGCAACGCCAGAAGUUCGUACUGCUGCAGCAGCUUUUAAGCACACGUAUCCAUCCUCUCGCAUACAGAAGUCGCUGAUGGGGGAAGAGUCCAAUGUGAUGAAAAUUCUUUCGUUAAUAUGAGUGAUACAGUUGAGUGGAUAGGGCUGAGUGAGUUCAGGCGAAAUAUAUAAUAGGGGAUGGCAGCGACGGGGUGAUGGACACCGAAAACGUUAGGCGGGUGCGCGUGGUGGUUGGUGGAUUAGUACACGUCGGACGAGAAAUGGCUCGACGCGGCCGCGCCACCGGCGCUGCUGGUGUGAAGAUGGACGCGCAGGGCGUAGUUCGUUUGCUCGAGGCGCUUGAUGUGGUCGGCGGCUUGGUGGGCGAGUUGCUUCAGCGCAACAUUCUCCUGUGUCGCCUCUUCCUUCUGUUGAUUUUGGAUGGUCACCGCACGUCGAAGGAUCUUGUUUUCAGCUUGGAUCUUUUCAAAUUCCUUUGCUUGUCCCAUGCACAUCUCUCGCAGGCGGUCAAAUUCCACGCGCAUCUCCUGCAUGUCUUUCUCUUUGCGCAAGAGGAUUUGUUCACAUUCGGUUCUACAUGCGAUAUCAGGAUGAGGCUCUGGAAAGAAUCGAUGAAUUGGAAGUUGGAGGGAUUCCUCACCUUAGUCGGUUUAAGUCCGCGUGUUUCGCCUGUUCCAUGUACUCGAAUUGCCGCUGCGAAUACUUGGGCAGGUCGUCCUCGGAUGGGGCGACCUGCGGAAAGCAGCGCCGUUUGAUCAUUCGCGAUGCGUCCUCGCUCAGCACAGGGAAGCCGGAGUCGAUGGGUGACGUCACCAUGCGAGUUCGCUUCAAGGACUCACGAGGGGGGCAUGGAGAAACGGUCAUAGACGCCAUCACAGAGUUGCUGGUGUGGCGCGGUGGAGGGUUUCCAAGAAAUGGGACGCCACGC